ACCUACAUUAUCUGUGUGUUUAUAGAGUUAAAUCAAUUGGCAUUCGUUUAAUUUGCUGUAAUCAUUGACAAAAAAAUGCGGCAGUUUCUGUUAUCGUAAUUGACAUUAAUUUUAUUUAGUUUAGUAUACUAUUAUAUUUCGUACAGUACACACACUACACAAAAUGAGUUUUGCUAGUAACGUGGUGAUAGUUACUGGAGCCAGUGAUGGAAUCGGGGCAGCUACAGCCAUAAAAUUUGCUAAAGAAGGCGCUGACGUUACUCUAGUAGGAAGAACCGAGGACAAACUGGCGAAAAUAGCUGCGGAGUGCGGUAAACAUGGUAAGAAUCCUCUAGUGAUCAAAGCUGAUGUGUCGAAGGACGAGGAAGCGAAAACAAUCGUCGCACGAACAAUCCAGACGUUCGGUAGACUUGACAUCCUUGUUAACAAUGCUGGCAUAUUGUUCGCCGAUGAUAUUAUGAAGCCCAACUUCAUGGAAACGUUUGAUUCUACAAUGAACACUAACAUGAGAGCUGUGGCGUUGAUCACUCAUUUAGCCGUCCCUCACCUCGUGGAAACUAAGGGGAACGUUAUUAACGUAUCAAGUAUUGCCGCUUCUAUGAUAAAAUAUCCAAAUAUUGUGUCAUACAAAACUUCAAAAGCGGCUUUGAAUCACUUCACGCGAUGCCUCGCUUUAGAAUUGGCUCCUCACGGCGUCAGGGUUAAUUCAGUCAGUCCAGGACCGGUGUACACUGAUAUAUUUAAUAAGGCUGGCUUAUCUGACUUCGUACCUGAUCUUAAAAAAGCAACAGCAUUGAAACGAAUUGCUGAGCCUCAUGAGAUAGCUGAUGUGAUUAUUUUCUUGGCAAGCGAGAAGGCGAGAAGUGUAACUGGAUCCGAUUAUUUGUCGGAUAAUGGCUCAUUACUUAUGUAAAAGAUUGUGUAAUUCUACGAUAUUUUAGCCGUGAUGAAUUUUAUAUGUAUAUUAUAAAAAUUGUACCAAAUAUUAUACAUAAAAGGAGAUUAUAAAAUAUAUUAUGUAUAAUUUGUCUGUUUAAUUUUAUUGCGGCAUUUUUAUUUACGAUGGAUUUAAAUGUCUACUUAUAACAAUAGAUUGUCAUUAGACAUACAUGUAGCAUGAAAUAAUAUAGAACGAAAUGUUAUCUGCUAUUACCUGCCAUACUUUCACCUGUCAUGUUAGAUAAUCGUCUACUUACUUAAAUAUAUAUUAGGAUAUUAUUGUGUAUAUCUCAACGAACACUAAUACUGCUUUAAUAAUAAUAAUUCUAUAACUAUAUGUUAUAAAAUGUGUAUUAUUUAUUAUAUGUAAUAUUCCGAGGUUAUAAAAAGUAUGUUGUACAAAAAUAAAAACUAUCAGUAGAUAACGAUGUCACAUAUAGUUUGUUAGAAGCGAAGAUAUUCUAGUUGGUUGUGGAACGGACUGUUGAGACGAAUGUCCACAGGUUCAAAACCCAAGGGCACACACCUCUGACUUUUCGAAAUUAUAUAUGUAUUCUUUGUGAAUUAUCGCUUGUUUUAAUGGUGAAUGAAAACAUCGCAAGGAAACUUGCAUACCUGAGAAGAUUCCUAUAGCAAUUUUGAAGAUUUGUGAAAUCUACCACUCCGCACUAGGCCAGCGUGGUGGACUAAAGUCUAAUCCCCCCCAGUAAUAGAGCGGGUCAGUGCCCAGCAGUAGGACAGUAUAUAAUACAGGGCAGUUAUUAUUGUAAUAUAACGUGGGCAUGUAAUUAGACAUACGCAAUAACAAUAAAAACUAAAUGAAUUGUCAACAAUCAUGCCUCCAAUGCUACCUUAGGUAGAUAGCUCAGCAAUAUCGAUUACAAGAUAGUGUAAUGUUUAUUAUAUUCAAUAUUAUAAGCAGCUGUUGUCAAAGCAUUACUUAUUACAUAAUUUUAUAUAUAGUUUGUCGA